AUGAGUUUCGGGUUUGGUGUCGGCGAUUUCAUCGCUGUCAUAGACAAGUUGAGACACUGCCACGACAGAUUUUCUGAGGCGCCUGAGCUCGUGGAGAUCAUCGAACCGCUUCUUGAGGAAGCCCAUUGCCCACAGCAGAAUCUCAAUGAUGGGGAGAAAAAGAUACUGGAGGACAUCAUUGAAGGUUCCUACAAGGACUUGAAGAGAUUGAAACAAAUUUUAGACGAUUGCCAGGAACUAAAAAAGCCUCUCGAAAAGAAGAUAUGGGACAAAGCAAAGCUCUUGCAGUUUCUUCAGCGGUUACAAGUCGACCCAAGAGUGAUCAACAACAUUCAAUCGAGUCUGUCCGUCAAGAUUGCACUCCUGAACACCCUCAAGAACGCGUCAGAUAGUCGAGCCAUCCAAAGCACAAAGCAGGCGGUGGAUUCAAUGUACCAUGAGCAAGUCAGUAAACAUCGACAGGAAAUCUUGGAGUGGCUGACGCCAUCCAACUAUUCAUCACAACAACGAGAUUACUUCUCCACAAGGCACCCAGAAACAGCAUCCUGGCUACUAGAGUCCAAGGAAUUUGAAUGGGUAGCAAACAGAGGCCAGACUCUGCUGUGCCAUGGGAUGCCAGGGGCCGGCAAGACCAUCAUGACUUCCGUCGUCAUAGACCAUUUGAUACACCGGUUCCGUGAGGAACCGAGGGUCGGGAUAGCCUACGUUUACUGCAACUUCAAGGACACCGAACGCCAAGAUUGCCACGAUCUCUUGUCUAGUCUAGCGAAGCAGCUGGCGCAAUUCUGCUCUGCAUUCCCUCAAAGUCUUGAGACGCUCUACAACAACCACCGCAAGCGGAGAACUUUGAGAACCAUUCAAGAGACAGGUGAUCUGCUCCAGAUGAUAUCCUCCUGCUACGAAAGAGUGUUCAUUGUUGUCGACGCCUUGGAUGAGUGUGAUAGAAACGCUCUACAAGCUUUUCUUCCAGAAAUCCUCCGGCUACAACAAAGAUCCCAAGUCAAUAUCUUUGCAACCACCAGAGAAAUUCCUGAGAUCUUGGAGUCGAAGGAAUUCGAGAAUUCUAUCUCUGUAGAAAUCAGGGCUAUUGAUGAGGACGUACUAAGAUACACGACAGAUCGUAUGACCCGCAUGCAGAGCUUUGUCCGCAACAACCUUGAUUUACAGAAGGAAAUCAGACACAUCAUUGCAGAAAAGGUUGAUGGAAUGUUCCUGUUGGCGAGACUGCUCAUCGAUGCUUGGUCUAACAAGCUGAGCCCAAAGGAGCUCAGGAAGGCACUCAAAGUCUUUGGAGAAACGAGUGAAAAGGCAAACAUCUACUCAGCCGUAUACAAUGAAGCCAUGAAUCGGAUUAGGUCUCAGCCCUCUGAGCACGUUGAGCUCGCGCUGAACGUUCUCUCUUGGACAACAGGCGCCAAGAGGCCUCUUACAAUCGAAGAGCUGCAGCAUGCCCUCGCCGUCGAAGAGGGAGAAACGGAUAUAGACCAGGAUAACAUCAUACCAGUCGAAACCAUGAUCUCUACAACACAAGAGUACUUCGAGAGGAAAAGACAUCAGUUUUUCCCAGAUAUUGACUCUCAAAUCGCAAUGGCAUGUACCAAUUACCUUUCGAUCAAGAAUGUUUACAAGGUUCCCGGAGACUACGACUCCUACGAAUACGACUCCGACUCCGACUCCGACUCCGACUUCGACUUCGACUUCGACUUCGAGCUCGACAUCGAACGGCGACAUUUGCAAAGUCCCAGAUACAACUUCGCUCCAUUCUUCGACUAUGCAACUCUAUUCUGGGGGGAACACACACGAGAGAGCUCGAUCAUUCCGACAGAAGUAGUUGGGUUUCUUCGGAACCAAUACGCACGUAAUAGAUCCGUUUCGGUGCUGAGACGACUACGUUGGAUGUCACCUUUCCCUCGCACGUCGGCACAAGUGGCAGCAUAUUUCGGGAUUCUCCAACUGUUCACCAACUAUACUCUACCGGAAAUCGACAUGUACUCGGCUGACGAAAGUGGUAAAACCGCGUUAUGGUGGGCUGCCUUCGCAAAUCGGUUAGAUGUUGUCAAGUUUUACCUCGACAGCGACGCCAUCGAGCACACCCCGCUUGAAUCACAUUCACCAUGCACUGAAACUUUUAAGAGAAAAGUAUCGAUUCAGUGUUUUCGAGAAUGCAUGCGAGUAGCUAUAGAAAAACAACACGCGGCUGUGCUAGAAGCCUUUAUCGGGUUCACCGCUGAGCGAAGGCUCAAUGGGGAUCCCGAGCAGGACAAGGAGUCAUGCAUCUUCUCACAGCCUAUCAACCAGAAUGAUGUCUAUUGGCUCAACGAGGUAUAUGAAACCAGAUCCUACUGGUGGGACCAUUCCAGGCAGUACCGCGACGGAUUUAUGUUUGCCGAAGAACCCCCCGUGACUAUAAUUUGCUGGAGGGUAGUUGUCUACUUCAUACGCGGCAAAGUACUCGACCAAAAUCGUCACGAAUGGUUGCCACACGUCAUUUUGGCAUUCCUGGACUCUUUGAGAUACUCGAAAUACUCGGACUCACAGAUUUACUUGAAAUAUUGUUCAGCUAUCUCAACCUUAGCGGAUGGAGGGCGAACCAUCUCGUUGAAUGUCAUGCUUGACGAGCUGUUACUACUCAUUUCCAGAGGAGAAAGCUUUGACUAUAGUGAGAUCUCACUAUUGGAUCAAGGGCUCACUGAGACUCUGAGACUGCUUCUGAAGCUAGGGGCCAACCUCGAUACGUCGAAUAGCAUGGGAAGGAUACAUUGCGCACUCGCUCUUAUGGGAUUCCACUCAGCGUUGAGGUUUCUUAUGACACAAGGGGCUUGCGUUUAUACUUGGGAUGCAGGCGAGGAGAUUCUCACAUCAGUGGCCAGCAUGACGGGCAAAGGGUCAGCUUUGUCGGCGCUCAUGAGUGGUGCAGUCAUUACUGAAAGACACGACUCGAACAUGCAAGAACCCAGUAUUCAGAACCCUGCAUCAGUUGAUGUAGAGAAGAAUAUUACAGUCGCUCUUCAACUUCUCGUAGAGAUGGGAGCGGAUAUUGGAGCCCAAGACCACCGCGGCAAGACACCGGUAUACUGGGCCAUCGUCUCUAGGAAUAUCCCAGCUCUUCAUUUCCUGUUAGAAAAGAAUGUCGAAGCAGAGGUCAAAUCAACUGGGGGGAAGCGCCCUUUACUACAGGCUGCUGCGAAGAGCAGCAUGGCGGUUGUGGAAGUUAUUCUUGACCAUAAUGCCGAUAUCGACGCUACAGAUGAGGAAGGACGAACUGCAUUAUCAUGGGCUGCAGGUUGCGGCAAUCUCGCGGCUGUGCAACUUCUUUUGAAGAACGGUACCAAGGUUGACGUCCCGGAUAAAGGUGGUCGAACCCCCUUGGCUUGGGCAUGCAUAGCGCAAAACACAAAUGAUCAAAUCAUCCGGACUCUUCUGGCACACGGCGCCAGCCCAGACAUUGGGGGCAGCGCCGGUGCUAUAUGGUUUUACGCUCGUCAAAAAUUUGAUCUUGCCAUCAUUGAUAUGUUUUGUCAGUGUGGUUUUGACAUCUGCUCAAAGGACGAUUGGGGGAGAACGUUGCUGUCCUAUGCUGCGAUACAUGGAUCUGCGAAAGGUUUCAAGAUGGUCCUAGAGUCGACAAAUCUCAACUUGAACUCGAAGGACGACCUCGGAUGA